AUGUCUGGUGGCCCACCGCCCCCACCGCCGCCUCCGCGGCCAGGCGCAGUCGGAGACGGGGCACUGCACCCAUUAUCCAUCUUCAGUAAGCGACCUGCAGGGGCGCCAGGGGGAUCUUACUCCUCUGGAGCCGACCCAGCGGUGGCACGUCGAAGCAACCUGCUGAGCACUUACAGCCAGUACACAAACUCCUCCGCAGGCGCUAGGGCGCCGCCACCUGCAACCACCGGUGGUGACACUACUCCUCUUCCUCCUCCUGUUCGGCCACUCGUGGUGGCAGGUCCUCUAGAGGCGAAUGAAGGCCACGCUUUACCACCACCACCCACUCAGCUAGCCUUUGGGCAGCCCUCUGGCAGCCUGCCUCCUCCACCCCCCCGCGCGACCCUACCGACGACGGCAGCCCUUGAUGCCCCGUCAGCAGCGCCGCCUCCCCCUUUGUCUGCCGCAGCUGCGAAUGGGCUGCGCAUAGGCGGCGGUUUUCGGUACGCCGUGCCCAACUACGGUUUUGGCUCGGAGGCGCAUCCGAGUGUCGGUGGCCCGCCUCCACCGGUGUCUCAACCCGCGGUUCCAUUGCCCGUAUCCUUGCCGCAGCCACCACCACCUGCUCUGCCCAGCAGUGCUACACAGUCAAUCUUGGAACACACGGAGGCGGAGAUCCAGCAGGAGCCAGUUUUCCCCCCCACCCCGCCCCUGGCGACGGAGGUGUCGCCACCUCUACUGCCGGCACCCUUUUCUUCACCGCCCUUUCCUGCCGUAGCCACUGCAGGACCACCGCUGGCGACGCGCGUUAGCGGUGCGGCUCUCGCUCGGCCUGCCAGCUCGCGCGCCUCGAGCAAUGGUCGUCAGUCGCCACGUGACUUGAGCGAGAUGGCCGGCCACCGGGUACCGAAUGGCAACGGCAAGCAGAGUCGCCUGCCUUUAGCUGAAAUGGAUAGCAUUACUGAGACGUCCGCCGCUGCCAUAGCACGUCCCAGCUGUCCCUCGUCACGCGGCAGCAGCAUCCUGGUUGGCAUCGCAGCAACGUCGGCUGCGGCACUUGAGUCGGAGGGUCGCCGCACACCACCCGCGCCUCGGCAAUCGUCCUCAAUCGACUCUGGACUGCGUCGCGGUGUGCCCGCUUUCCUCCAACCCAGCGGGGGUGGCAGCGUCGUUCAGCGCACGCUGCGCACAGCCUCGUCUCGGGUGGACUCGACCACGACUUCGUCGCGUUGUCACAAACUACUGGAGGCCGCCCUCACGUCGCGCGGUUCCCGCCAUGCGUCCUUGCAUGGCGCGCCUUUCGCCAGUCUCUCAGCACACCUCCAGCAGCAGCCGUCGAAUUCGGUGAGAAUGAGCCAAGGGGCCCCGAUGAGGGAGAGCGAGGGUGAUGCUACUGUUGCGCAGCGCAAACCAGAGGCACCCUCCGAGCUGCAUGGUCAGGGGGGCUCUGCACCGACGCAUCCGAGCAGCGACAACAACGGAGGCGCCGUCACAGACACGUCCUUUUUGGUGCCGGAGGUGGUGACGCUGCCCACUGGCCGCCUCUUGCCAGGGACCGGAUACUCCGUCUCGUCGCGAAGUGUUCGCCAGCCCAUGGGCGGCAACGGAGGCUCUCUCGCCUGGGAUGCAGCGCUGCUCGCGAACCCAGAGGCAGGUGAAUCAAAGGACAUGGCUGCGGGGCACGAUGGUCUUCAGCAGGUAGACGCGCCGCCGCAGAGACUUGAUCCCGCACGCGGUGACAGUGGCGGCCGUACAGACGCCGCCUCGGUCGAUUCUCAUCUUUCAGGGCCGCUGGGAAGUUGCAAUGGCCGCAUGGCGGACGAGGUGGUUGUGUCCGGAGCUGAAGUUCAUGCAAUCUUGAACCCCCAUUCUUUGCAUUUUGACGCGAGGGAAUCGCUGGCCACACUCACGGACGAGGCCCCAGAGGCUGCACUGAGAGCAGAUGGCAAGAGUGCAGCUCGAUACAAGCACAGCAACGCUUUCACAACUGACAGUGACCCCACUGCGGCAUCUAUGACACUCGUCAAUCCGUUCCGUGCGAUGGCCGGGAGGAACGGCGGCGAUGGCACUGCUGCGUCGCCGCCACCACCACCGACAGCCAGCCGUGGACAGCUAUCUUGUCAGCGGCAGCAGUGGCAACAUUCAAGGCAGCAGUCACCACUGCAGCAUGACGCACCGUACAGCGGCUUUCAAAGCAGCUUGCCACCAUCAUCUUACCCCGGGGCAUGCGCAAAAGCGCCAGAGCAACUGCCAAUCAUGAAGAACAUCCCCACGGAGGAAGCCGUCGGUGCGACUGGUCCUCCUCUACCGCCGCUACCGCGACAACAGCAACAGCAGCCACCCUUUGCUUCAGGGAGCGGCGACUCGGCAACUGCAACUGAACCUGCGACUGGCUUUACCACGCCGCGAAUGGAUGGGGCGAGGUCGAUGCCUCAAGCACAGCAGCAGCAGCAGCAGCAGCAGCGACAGCCCCAUCCACUGCCGAUGUCGUGUUCUUCCAAUUCACAUGUGCCUCACAACAUGAGCCGUGGCCCCUAUGCGGCGUCUCCCUACGUGCGCGGUGAGGACGCGCGGGCCAUGGUCGAAGAGUCUCCACUGCCGCUGCGGCCGCCAUCCUGUGACAGCGUGCCGCAGAUGGAGGAGGCGCUAAGGGAGGCUACUGAGCAAGGCGAGCACGAGUUUGGCGCUAUCAACAGCAGCGCUCUCAACUGCAUGGACGGCGAUGGCAGCGGCGGCGCACAAGAUGUUGGCCGCUUCAUGUGGGAUGAGUCGACUGAGGACGGUAGCGCCGCCGGGCAGUACCUGUCGAAGCCACAGUGCAGUCAACACACCGCACCUCUUCCUUUGCCGGCUCACAAUAGAGGCACUGCGAACUCUUUUAGUGCCAUCCUCACGCACGCCCAGUCUAAAGCACCACGCGAGUUUCAGAAACCACCACCACAGCCCCCAACACAAGAACCGCAAGACCAGGAGCAACGCCGAGAGAGCCAGUCCGGCCAGUCUGCUCCUCUGAUACCGCCGCUAUCCACCCCUCUACUUAUGCUGUCGACAAAGGCCAUCUCCAAGAGCAGCACCUCGCAUCCUCCUCCGGGCCCGGCCUCUCCGCACAGCACAAAGUUCUCUGAGAGCGACUUCAGAAACUGCAGCUUGACAGAGCAGCUGCAGCGCCCACUAGAGCUGAACCUGUCGCCAGGCAAUGUGGCCAGCACGGAGAGUUACCACGGUUACACGUCCGUGUCUAACCCUUUUGCGGAGCCAGACGAGAAUUUUCUCUUCAACUCCACCGGUGGGCUAUUGCUGGAUGCGACGAACGCCUUCGACAGCAACACCGUCAUACCUAGGUCUCACCAAGCCUUGAAGGGCUCGCUGGACUCAGUUCAAUCGAUGCAAGCGCAACACGAGCCGCCGCCACAUCCUCAGCUGCUGAGGCCCUCCGACUACUCUGCCUUGUCCGUGGAGCCGAGCGGUGCGCAACCGCGAUCCAAGGAUCAUCCAGCACCGCCGAUGUUGGGGUCCGACCCCGCCACCGCACCGCCGUUUGGCUUCACCGGCGACGAAGGUGCCCCAAGCACCGCUGUCGCAUCGAGCAACCCGACGAGCGUGAAGACGCGCCCAGCCGCCGUGCGCACACCAGGUAGCGCAACGCUGGUCAACCCUUUCUCCAAGUCCGCCCAAAACUCCGGCUGCUACUUGAGCGGCACAAGUGCGAAUAUCAGCGGUGGCGGCGCAUUGUCGAGAGGCACGUCUCUGACAGGAUCGUUUGCCGGCGGGGCGGCACGCAAGAAGCCACACCGCAGCGGGGCACCGUGCUUCGCCAUCUUCGUUGGCGGCGCCACUCUUCUGCCGGGGACGCAAGGCAACAGCGGCAGCGACAGAAGAGUCUUUUCAUGCAUUGCGGCCUGCUUCAAUCUGAGCUCUGGGUCACCACUUGCCAAGAACAGUGGCUGGUCUCCGUUGGGGCAGUCGACUCCCUUGGGUUCCCCACAAACCACGUCAGUACGGUCCACGUCGCAGAGUGGCGCCACCCGCACCAUCACGUCGCCGGUGCCGCGCCCUCUCUGGACAGGCCCGCUGGGGGGCAACACCGGCAUCUGUCUCAGCUUCUGCAGCGUGACGGAGGCGUUGACGGCGCGUGGGUCGGUCGUGGACCGCAAGGGCAUCCGCGGUACCGAGUACGGCCGGAGCUACGUGCGAGCCUUGACGGGCGCGGUGCUGCCGUGUGCCCUGCUAGCGGACAAGUGGGUGACCAGGGAUGAAGCGACAGCCAGGGAGGUUGCAGGGGUGAUGGAGGCGCUGAAAGACUGCGUCCCUGCCCCGCUCGGUGACGUGGUGGAGGUGAUGCUGAUGGACGCACUGCCGCAAAAGAAUGGAGACGACUUUGUCUGGAGGGAUAACGGUGGGCGUCGACUAGCCGAGUUGCUCACGACGGCGGCUCAGGCUGACUCUCGCAGGCGAGCAGCCACCGCUAGUAGCAGGAGCGCUGGUGACAGCACUACUGUUGCUGCUGGUUGCACCAAAGCGACGAGGGAAGUUGAUGCGCUGGGGGCAAUCUCGCCGCUGAACCCGGUAACCGCCACCGUUGGAUACGACCCGAAGGAACGGUCUGCCGCGCUCUGCCGGGUCGAAGAUUUGCUGUGCAGGGGACAGCGCGUGGAGGCGGUCGAGGCCGCCCUCGAGGCAAACCUCUAUGCGCACGCGCUGCUGAUCUCCAUGAUGUGCCCGACCAAGGACUUAUACCUACGCAGUGUGCAGGCGGUCAUGCAGCAGGAGCUUUCGGUUGCAUCUCCGCUUGCCCGCGCCUAUUGCAUAUUCAACGAGAUGCCACUCCCUCCUUUGGUCUUGCCGCCCCUGAAGGCGGACGAGGAAGAGGAGGUGAAGGAAGGAGCAGCGGGUGGGGGGAGAAGCGUGGAGACGGCCCAGCAGCAGCACAAGCGGCAGCGACAGAUGUUCUUGCGUGAUCAAGAGAUGCUGCAGCAAACAUGGCGCCGUCAAGCUGCUGUUUUGCUUGCCAACUUCACUCGCCACAGCGGAGAUGGCCUGCUGCAGCUUGCGACCACGCUCCAUCAGUUUCACCUCGUCGUGGAGGCGCACACGUGCUUGCUGCUGCUGCACCUCACCCCACUUGGCAUGGCGGGUCCGGCCCGCGCCGGUGCGGAGCCGCUUCCCCCGGCAUCCUCUCUCUCUCCGGAGGAUGUGGUAAACCUGCUGCCGCGUCCCGAUCAACGGCAGGUCAUGGAGGAGAUACGGCGGCGCAUCGGCGUCGUCGGCGGUGCGUACCACCCCACACAGGGGUGCCGUGAAAGCUUUCUGACGCCUCUCACGACGUUGAUCACACAGCUGGUGUGGCUGGUGAGCGCGCGGCUCGAUGCGCGGGCGCCUCCACUGUCACACCCCGAGUCCACUGAGCCGCCAGUGCCGUUUCAUGGGCUUCCUAAUUAUCAUCCUCGAAGCGACAUUGGGUACCGCAUGAUGCAGGUGCUGUGGCUGCGCGAGUUGGGCCUCGGCAAGGAGUUUGCGCAAGCACUGCAUGCACUGCUGCAACGCCUGCCUCCACCUCUGGCUUUCUCCUUGCGUGCGCCGCCACGCACAUUGAAUGAGCUCGUGUACCUCUUUGGUGGUGUGCCGCCUCCGUCGCCGCAGCAGCCACCGGAGGCUUUAGACGGCGCUACCCCUGCGACGAGGGGUGAGUUGAUCCCUGAGAGCGAGGCAACCACAAAGCAGUCUUCCCAAUCCCUCUCCGUAAGACUCCCACCCCACUUGCGUGAGGGGCUGCCGCAGGACACCGAUAACGACGCUGGCGAGGUGCCUAGAGCAAGUAGCUCAUCGCUGAUUCGUGCCACCUCAGAGGUGCGUCACAGCGGCCCGCCGCCGCCGCUAACCCCCCAGGAGCGACGGGCGACGACACCGCAGCAACCCUUCUCGCUCAACCACGCGUCGCUUCCCUCCUCGUCGCCUGGUGCAGCCGACACCACCGCCCCGCUCACCUGUGAUCAGCGCACGGCCGUUCUCCAGCCGCCGGAGCGGCCAGCACCAUCCAACAUUACUUCCCUGCCCCAAUUAGAGACUCAGGGACUACCGCUCCUGCCACCUCACCCACAAGCUACUGCUGCUGCGGACAAGCCCGACAGCGCCAGCGCCAAGACUGCUCUGGCCCCAACUGCGAAAAAGUUAAAGCAGCCCGCGCCCCGUCGCUCUCGCUCGCUCGAUGCCCUCCGCAACUUCUUCUUUCGACGUGGCAACAGUGAGGCGACUGGCGAAGAGAAGGCUGACGAGGCGAAGCCGAUGCACCUCGACACGGAGAAGCCACCGACCUUCGACCCUGUGACGGGUCGAUGGCUGUUCGAUAUGACGGAAGAGGAGAGGCGGCUGCAAGAGCUCGCCAAGGCAGGCCCACCCAAGAUGGCACCCAAGGCCGAUGCUACUGCCGCCUGGGGCUCAGCCCUCCGUGACCGAGCGCCGCUGCAGCAACCAGCACCGGACAGUGCACCGCGGCCUGGCAAUGCGCGUGCUGGGUCAGGUACUUCAGCCCCCGUCUAUGCAGGAGGAGGCACGCCGACACCUCGCCCAGCUGGUUGCGCCCCCGUGAUCACCGGCCGCAAUGCGCCGCCAACGGUGCCUGGCCGUGGUGCAGCGCGGCCUGGUGGGCGGCCGCAGUACGUGGAUAUGUUUAACAGCCCAGAUUAG